ACGCCGCGUCGCGCGCAGCAGGCAACUUCGGACGGUCCGUGACAACUGCGUUCGUGCAGCCGACGACGGGCGAAGCGCGAGUUGACCGGUGGGUGGACACGGCUUCCGCGUGCGUCGCGAGGGAUCUCGACCUCAUUGCCGGACGGUUCGCGUUCGGUUCGUCUCGCAGGCAACUAUCUCGCCGGGCUAAACGAGGGAGCGAUUGAACCAUGGUGGUACUCAGCAGCUUCCUGCCGCCGCAGGAAGGGAUACGCCACGAGGAGCCAAAUACUACGGUGUACAUCAACGACAGGGAGGUAGGAAAGGGCACGUUCUACGUUACGGAGAGCGUACUCUCCUGGGUGGACAGCGACACGCAGCAGGGAUUUUCGCUCGAGUAUCCUCACAUUUCGCUACACGCCAUCGCGCGGGAUGAACAGGUUCAUCCGAGACAAUGUUUGUACGUUAUGGUGGAUGCCAAAGUAGACCUGCCAGACAUGCCAUUACCGCUGUCGUCCGAAAACGGUUCGGAAAACGAGGACGACGAUACGGACGCUCCGAUUACGGAAAUGCAGUUUGCGCCGGAUAAUACAAAUAAUUUAGAAUUAAUGUUUCAAGCAAUGAAUGCGUGCCAAGCGCUUCAUCCUGACCCACAGGACAGUUUUUCUGACGAGGACAUCUACGAGGACGCCGAAGAAGACUACGAGGGUGAAUACGAUGAAGAGGUUGGCGCUGGAGACGCACCUUGUAUCUUACCAACAGAGCAAAUGGGGACCACUCACACAGGAGCGGAGGCGGAAGAAGCUAUGGACAUCGAAGCAGGUCAAUUCGAAGACGCGGAGGAAGAUCUAUAUACGUGACGUCGUUAUUGCAAAACUUACUACGGAGCCGUAUCAAACGUUGAAGCACCUAAAACAUUUAUUUAUAUUCAUUUUGUACAUGGCGAUAAUUUCCUAGAUAAAAAUAAAUAAUUGUACAUCA